GCAAGUAGGUUUUCAUGAUGUUAUGGAGUACUGGGUAAUUCUGCUGUCAUAGCCACCCAAGGAAAGCUCAAGAGCAAGCUUGGAAUGUUGCGGAGAAUCUAUCCUUAGUCCUGACAUGCUGCCAUGGGCUUUCCCUUCGAGCUCAUAUAAUUUUCAUGAAGUACGAAGCAGGUUGUGAUCUUAGGCGUAAGUUUAGGCCGUUGGCCAUGCGUCCUUUUGGGUUCGGACUCUGAAGCUGAAUAGUCACAAUGGCAUCUGCACCUUCCAUGGCGCCGGCGGGGACGUCGUUGCGUGAACCGUCGAUCGUGCAUCAGAAUCUACGGUUCUCGUUCAACGUGCUGCUAGGCGUCGCUGCGACUGUGCUCGUGCAGCAUCUCGCGUUACAACUGUCAGCGCCGUUCCUCCGGGAAGCUUCAUACGGCGUCGACGGCAUUCCCAAGGCUUUGCAGUGGAGCCACGGACUGAUCGCAGCGUAAUUGCGGAGCGAAAAACCGUUCAAGCUCGCAUCGGGUCGACGCCAGCGGAUCUAUCCCGCGCCAAUGUGAUCCUCUCUGACUUGCGCGCCAAGCUCGACGCGCUCGCCAGACGCCUUCCCUCACUAUCCGCGGAUGACUCCGAUUUCGAGGCCAUCGCUCGAGAGCCAGAGGGUUUGCAUCUCCCCGCGCACCCGCCUGUCGCCGCGCUGCCUCUGCCGGGCCAGGCCGUGGUUCCCCGCGACGAGCCUCCCAUCUACCAGCACCUGCGCGAGCAGAACACCCUGCCGAUGCAAACGGCUGACACCGCUGCUCCAAUCGACCCGGUAACAGCUGACGCGGUAACAGAUGACGCAGUAUCAGAUAGCGCGGAAUCUGACAACUCGGUGAAAGCUGACGCGAUAGCAGAUCAGGCGCCCGGCGCUGCUGCGAACCCUGAAUUUUUGGGGACGCACGCUACGAAAGAAUUCUCCAGUGGCAUCUCCAGGCGGCGUUUGAGCGAUGCCUCCGGGAACGUGGCGGUCGAAGGACAUGUUUUUUUUGGCUCUCAUCGCGUGCCGCCGUCACAGCUCCCACCGCCGUCACCGCUCCCACCGCCGUCUCCCAAGUACUUCCUCUCCGCCAUGGCGUACAAUCGCGUGUUCCGGGGUGACCGACUCAACUUCUCCUCCUUCGAAAUCUGGCAGUGGGUGGCGUUCUCGAGGCUGGCGGGCGUGGAGCACGUCUUCUGGUAUGACUGCGCGCACGACGCGUCGGAGCGCCAGGCGGAGGCCCUCGGACCGUUCGUCCGCGCGAACUACCUCACCUACCUGCCGCUGCACCGCAUCGUGAGCGCCGCCUACAACGUCUUUCCCGAGCAGAACGGCGCCAUCCUGCACUAUCUGAAGGAGUACCGCCACGUGUCCACGUGGGUGGUGUUCUGCGAUAUCGACGAGUUUGUCUUCGCCCCUCGGGAUCUCCGCCCGGGCUUUCUCUUCCGCUUCAUGCUCAACGUCUCGCUCGCGGAUCCCUCCGUCACUCAGGUUCUCGCGCCGAACAUCUUUUUCGUGGGCAACAGCGAAGCCCCCCGCUCCUCCCUGCUCUUCCGCCGCUUUACUAAGUGCCAGCACUUAGCCGACUGGCGGCGCCACCUUCAGCGCUCCAAGCCCAUAGUGCGCCCAGCCGCGGUGGAGCAGUGGGCGGACAUGCGCGUUGCGCCGCACUUCUUCCCCAUGGCGGCGGGCGCCACUGAGCGCGCAGAACCCGCGCAGCUGCGCAUGCACCACUACUGGGGGCCGCGGGGGACGGGGUUUGGCGUGGAGACUAGAGAAUUCGAGAAAGGGGUGGAGAGGGAUACGGCCAUUCAGCCGUUGGAGGGGCCUCUGACGCGAAUGCUGGACCCGGGCCUGCCGUAUCUCACGUACCUGGAGGCCAAGCGAAGGAUCCUGGAAGCAGCAGACAGCGCCAUGCGGCUCUCGUACACCCUCGCCGACCCGUUUGAACGACGCUGACUCAGCUUCACUGGCGUUGAUUCGGCUCACUGGCGUUGACCUGGCGUCACUGGCGUUGACAUUCCGUUACUGGCGUUGACUCAGCUUCACUGGUCGUCUCCAUGCAUUGACCAGCGUCCCACAUCGGAUGCCACAGGUGCUGUUGCUGGCUCGAGUUAUGGGAGUGCAUGCAAGGUCGCUCCUGGAGAAUGUUGAAUUCAUGGCUAAUGACUAAAUGGCGUUAGGAGGCCCACAAGUUAAAAGAUAUGGUCUUCUAUUAGGUGACUUGUCUUCUGAUUUCCCACUGAUAAGAUAAAUUUUGGGCUGUAAGUCAGAUCCCCCCUUAGGGCUGGUAUUCUAUAUCUUGAGAUUAUGUUGUGGAAGGUUGUGUUGUAUUGUGGUUGCCAUAGAUUGGCACGAGCAGGCUAUGGUAAACUCAGUUUUGCGUUGUCUGCUAUUAUGUGAAUGCGUUGCUAAGUUAAUAAUUUCUUCUGAUUUGU